GCCUACUGCACAUGCGCGUCCCGGGUGCGCCAGUGUGAGCUGCGCGGAGAUCAAGAUGGCGGCGAGCAACGGCGGGGGAAUGGAAGUAGAUGCGGCAGUCAGUCCCAGUGUCAUGGCAUCUGGGGUGACGGGCAGCGUUUCAGUGGCUCUUCACCCCCUUGUCAUCCUCAACAUCUCUGACCACUGGAUCCGCAUGCGAUCACAGGAGGGACGGGCCGUGCAAGUGAUCGGAGCCCUGAUUGGGAAGCAGGAAGGCCGGAACAUCGAGGUGAUGAACUCGUUUGAGCUGCUUUUCCACACAGUGGAUGACCGAGCCGUCAUUGACAAGGAAUACUACUACACCAAGGAGGAGCAGUUUAAGCAGGUGUUCAAGGACAUGGAGUUCUUGGGCUGGUACACAACAGGCGGGCCUCCUGACCAAUCAGAUAUCCACAUUCACAAGCAGGUUUGUGAGAUCAUCGAGAGCCCCCUGUUCCUCAAACUGAACCCCAUGACCAAACACACUGAUCUCCCGGUCAGCGUGUAUGAGUCUGUGAUCGACAUCAUCAACGGAGAGGCAACCAUGCUGUUUGCAGAACUGACCUACACACUGGCCACAGAGGAGGCGGAGAGGAUUGGAGUGGACCAUGUGGCCCGCAUGACUGCUACUGGGACUGGAGAGAACUCCACAGUGGCCGAGCACCUCAUUGCCCAGCACAGUGCCAUCAAGAUGCUGCACAGCCGGGUGAAGGUCAUCCUGGAGUACGUCAAGGCCGUGGAGGCUGGAGAGGUGCCUUUUAACCACGAGAUCCUGCGUGAGGCCAAUGCUCUGUGCCAUCGGCUGCCUGUUCUCAGCACCCUCAAGUUCAAGACUGACUUCUACGAUCAAUGCAAUGAUGUGGGCUUGAUGGCGUACCUGGGAACCAUCACCAAGACCUGCAACAGCAUGAACCAGUUCGUCAACAAGUUCAACAUCCUGUACGACCGGCAGGGCAUCGGGCGCCGCAUGAGGGGGCUGUUCUUCUGAGGAAGGACUGGGGGGUCGCUCUCCUUCCUUGAGCAGGGGCAGCGCUGCCCUGUGAAGGGGUUCCAGUCACAUGGCUCAGCUGAACAAGAAACAGUGAGGCUGCGAAGUUGAGCCUCGGUGUCUUUGAUAAAAAGAAUUGCGUUACCCUGGACGCUGUCUUGUUUAACUGAGGCACACCACAUGCACUUUGGUAAGCCCUUCUCUGGCUGAUGUCUGAUUUCUGAUUCUGUAAGCCAUAAAUGGUUUGAUCUAAUGCCUAAUACAAAAUACAGCACACAUUAACACCUUGGAACACAAAUAUAGGAAGACACACACACACACACCCUGUGGCACCUCGCACUGAUACGCCCCCUCCUGGUGCCAGUUGGUCCUGCAGGCUGGCAAUCCCGAGGUGGGGGCUGUGUCUGAAGAUGUAGAGACACCUCCUCCUCUUGUGUGAGGCUCUCUAGUGCUCGUCUUGUUUGAAUUUUGCUUUAGUUUUUUUUGGAAUUUAAAAUAAAUGUUUUCCACACUGGA